AUGUUGUCAAUUACUAGAGAAGUGACUUUCGCUUCGUCGAGUGCGUUCGGCUUUGAAUUUUCACGACCUUCAAAAAAACGCCGGCAAAAAACGACCCUUGUUCAAACGGGAAUAUCCUCUUUGAAAGACAGAAUGGAAAGCUUGUCGUUCUCCAAACCCGACGCAAAAAGUUUUCCGUCGAAAGUCGUGAAGUUUGGGGUGGGAAGUAUUUCGGAACUACUAGGGAAGGCUUUAAAACCCAGAAGAAUUGGAGCCGUAACGCUUGGGCUGGCCACCAGCAAUGUAGCUUUCACCUUAUUGCUAGCGAGCGGAGGCGGUAACUCCGGUGAUAAUUAUGGUUUAGAUGGAGGUGGAGGAGGAGGAGGUGGAGGAGGAGAUGGCGGUGGCUUCACGAAAGUAUUCGCAGCCUACGCCGAAGAGAGUAACGAGGACGAAGAAGAGGAUGAAGAAGAGGACGAGGAAGAGGACGAAGAAGAGGACGAAGAAGAGGAAGAAGAAGAGGAAGAAGAGGAAGAUAUGGUAAGAAGAAAGAGGAAGAAAACCAGUAACAAAGAUGAUUUCAUCGUUGAAUCAGUAUUAGCUACAAAUUUACCGACUGGACCGGGUAUUCCAAGCAAGUCUGAACUGUUUCAAGGUCUGAAUGCAAGGAAAGGAGCACAAUUGUCGAAGAAAGAUUUAUCAGAUGACCUAGAACAGCUACUUGGUACUGGUUUAUUUGCGAAUGUAGAUGCAAAUGUAACGCCCUCAAAGGAUGGAUAUGCAGUUGAAUUUGUAUUUCGGGAAAAGAUCUGGCCCCAAGUGCAAACGUUCAGAGUUUCUGGAAGUAGUGUGCUUCCACGCGAAGUAGAGUUAGAAGUUUUAGAUGCUGCGAGAAAUAGUCAAAAUUGCACCGUAAGAGUACUUGCAGCAGCGAAAAAUAUCGUGGAGGGUUAUUAUACGAGCAAAGGUUUGACUUUUGGAACGAUUUCGCACUUUGAUGGCAUGGAGAAUGGCGAUGUUGUUGCUCAUGUCAUUGAAGGAGAGAUCACAAAGGUUCAACAUUGUUUUCUUGAUGAAAAUAUGCAACCGAUGUUGAAUAAUAAAGGAGUGACAAAUCCACAAGUGAUCUCACGCGAGCAUAAUUUUAGAGCUGGAGAACUCUAUAAUGUAGAGGAUGCGAAGUCAGCACUGCGUGAUAUAUUCUUGUUACAACUCUUUGAUAACGUUCAAGUCGUUCCGCGACCGGACGAAAAUGAUCCCUCAAAGGUUCAAGUUGAUAUUAUGCUUCGUGAAAGACCCGUUCGAACAGCGGAAACUGAAUUGGAGUGGAGUAUAGCCCCAGGUGAUGGUGGCCGACCGGAUUUUGUUUCCGUUCGUCCAGGAGGCUCAGUUCUCUUUGAACACAGGAAUUUGGACGGCUGGGGACGACAGCUUUUUGGGUCUGUUUCGACAGCAAAUUUUUUUCAGCCUCAGGACGAUUUGGGAUUCAAAAUUGAAUAUAAUCAUCCAUAUUGCAAGGGCGAACUCGAUGCAGAAAAAUCGUCUUUUCGAACUGCAAUUUUCAACUCUAGGAAAAUUUCGCCAGUCUUUGCUGGCGGACCACUAUUGGAUAAUGUACCUAGCGUCUGGGUUGAUAGAGCAGGUAUGAAGGCUUCAUUUACGCAAAAUUAUUCGCGUCAAUCUCGUUGCACUACAAGUGCAGUACUUGAAGAGAUCACGGCAAGAGAUGAGUCAGGUGCAACUUGUCCAAAUGGAUCAAAGCAAGUAGCGGAUGGUUCCGUAACCAUGGAUGGUCCUCCCACGACUCAUUCAGGCAGUGGCUGUGAUAAGCUGGUGUGCUUGCAAGGAAACUUAACGAGAGAUACGACGAAGUUCGUUAAAAAUACACCAAUUGGUUCUCGUGAUAUUUUACAAGUUGAGCAGUCACUAGGCAUUGGAUCGUCGUUUCCAAUUUACAAUCGAAGUUCGCUUGAAGCCUCUCGCUUCAUACAACUCCUGCAAACAAAGAAAAGAAACGAUAUUCCCCCGCCAGUAUUAGUAAUGCACGCAAAGGGUGGGCAUAUCAUAGGUGAUUGUGCGGUAUACGAUGCAUUUACACUGGGUGGUCCCCACUCCUGCCGGGGUUAUGGAGUUGGUGAGCUUGGAGUGAGUAGAAGCUUUAUGGAGAUUGCUCUUGAGCUGCGGUUACCAGUUCCUUAUAUGAACACUCACUCGUUUCUGUUCUGGGAGAAGUGCUCAGACUUAGGGUCGAGCAAAUCGGUGAUCGGAAACCCUACUGAAUAUUAUUGUCGCGCUGGGCAAGGUUCGUGCUUUGGGGUUGGCUUGAAACUGGGUCCAGUGCGUGCAGAGUGGGUUCACGACGAUAACCAAUCAAAAGGAACAUGUUUUUUGAGGUUCGGGGAAAGGUUUUGA